AUGACCUCAUCAGCUCAGAUUCCGCUCUCCAGCCACGACUCCGGCGGCGCCGCCACCCAGGCUUCCGUGGUCGCCGCCGUCCGCUCGUUCGUCACCCGGCUCUACGGCGCAAUCGGCAAUUCGCUCUCCCACCGCCGCCCAUGGACGGAGCUCAUCGACCGCUCCGCCUUCUCCAAGCCGGGCUCGCUCUCCGACGCCACCACCAGGAUAAGGAAGAACUACUCCUACUUCCGCGUCAACUACAUGACUCUGCUCGCCAUCGUCCUGGCGGUUUCCCUAAUCUCCCACCCGUUCUCCCUCAUCACUCUCCUCUCCCUCCUCUCCGCCUGGCUCUUCCUCUACACGUUCCGCCCCUCCGACCAGCCCCUGGUCGUAAUGGGGCGGACCUUCUCGGAUCGGGAGACGCUCGGGAUCUUGAUUCUGGUGACGGUGGUCGUCGUCUUCCUGACCAGCGUGGGGUCGCUGCUGAUCUCGGCGACCAUGGUUGGGUUGGCAAUUGUGUGCGUCCACGGCGCGUUUAGGGAUCCGGAGGAUUUGUUCAUGGACGAGCAGGAGGGAGGUGGUGCCGGGCUGUUCUCGCUCAUCGGAGGAUCGGCCGCAGCGGCCGCCGGGAACAGCAUGAUGUCGCGCGUGUGA